AUAGGCCCCGCCCCCUGGAAACGCGCCGCGGCGGGGCCGACCACCUCGGGUUAGCGAGCGGUUCGAGAGCUCUGCCGGGGUCUGGGGUCCUGCGGCCGCCGCCAUGAAGCUGACGCGGAAGAUGGUCCUGUCCCGGGCCAAGGCCUCGGAGCUGCACAACGUGCGGAAGCUCAACUGCUGGGGCAGCCGUCUCACGGAUAUCUCCAUCUGCCGGGAGAUGCCCAGCCUGGAGGUGAUCACCCUCAGCGUCAACAGCAUCUCCACCCUGGAGCCCGUGAGCCGCUGCCGGCAGCUGAGCGAGCUCUACCUGCGCAAGAACCGCAUCCCCAGCCUGGCAGAGCUCUUCUACCUGAAGGGCCUCCCGCGCCUGCGCGUGCUCUGGCUGGCAGAGAACCCGUGCUGUGGUGCCUGCCCCCACCUCUACCGCAUGACCGUCCUGCGCAACCUGCCGCACCUGCAGAAGCUGGACAACCAGACUGUGACGGAAGAGGAGGUGUCCCGAGCCCUGACAGAGGGAGAGGAGGUCACAGCCCCCAGCAGAGAGGACACGCGGAACGGCCUGCCUGAGCUGCCCUACGCCCUGAGCACUGUGGACACCGCUGCCACCGAGACGCCGCAGGACCCGCUGAGCCUCAGGGAGUCGGAGGCCAGCAGCAUCCAGGGGCAGCUCAGCCCGAAGCCCCCUCCCCGGGACCGGUUUCCCUCCUUCUCGCAGAGGGAGGCGGCCAGCAGUUGCAGGAGCAGGAACAACAUCCUGACCGCCAUCCUGCUGCUGCUGCGGGAACUGGACAGCGAGGGGCUGGAGGCCGUCCACCAGACCGUGCUCGGCCGGCUCCAGGCCCUGCAUAAGCAGGAGCUGCAGGAGGACGUGGAGUGACUCAGCAGGGACCCCGAGCUGAAGCCCAGCACCUUCCCCGGCACCAGGGAGGUGGGCGCUCCCGGCGCAGCCCCUGCCGGACCCCCGGCUGAGUCCCAGCACAGGGCUGCGUCCUCAGGAAGCCUGGCUCACUGUGGAUGGGCACCCGCGGGGCGGCAGGCACUGGCCGGGCAGACACGCUGACCGGGCGCCCUCCUGUGGGCAGGACCCACCUCGACUCGGCUUUUCUGAAGGCGGGCUUUGCGGCCAUUCUCGCGAAUAAAUAUUUUCCUGAAGUCGGA